GUUAUGGUUCAGAACGCCAGAAACGUGAGGCGUGGUAGGAGUGCUGGUAGAGGUGCUAGUAGAGGUGUAGGUAGGAAUGUGAGUGGUGAAGCUACUCCCGAAGGAGUAGCUAACAUCCCCAUAGGACGAGAAGAUCAUUCCCAAACUGGAACGAACUCUCAAGCUGACACUCGAGAUGUUCGUGAACUUGCUGCGGCUGUGUUAGUUCAAACACAACAAAAUGCUCAAAUCCUGCAAAUCACCCGUGAUCAUCAACUUUUUCAGCAACAGCAAAGAGAAACUGUGCAUGAAGAUACGGGAUUGAACUCGUUUCUGAAAGGUAAACCACCACAGUUUGGUGGUGACUUUAAUCCGGAGGGUGCUGAGAAAUGGUUGCAAGAGAUAGAGAAGAUAUUCUCUUUCACUCACUGUAGAGAGAAUAGAAGAGUCGGAUAUGCAACAUUCAUGCUGACAGGCGACGCUGAAGCCUGGUGGAGAGGAAAACAUAGAUUAUUGGAAGAGGAAGGAAGAGAGAUCAAUUGGAUCUUAUUCAAAGAAGAAUUUUUGGGGAAGUAUUUUCCAAAGCUAUGUAGGAAAGAGAAGGAGAGAGAAUUCCAGAACCUGCGUCAAGGUAUGAUGACGGUGGGAGAGUAUACUAGGAAGUUUGAAUCCUUGCUAAAGUAUUCUGAAUUUUACCGCUUGCAUCCAAGGGAAGAAUGGAUGUGUGAAAAGUAUCAAGAUGGAUUGAAAUAUGAUAUCCAGAGGGCGGUUCUACCUCUGCAUAUUAUGCGCUUUGGUGAGUUGAUAGAAAGAUGUUUGGAGUUGGAAGGAAUUGACAAUAGGAAGAAUCAAUAUGGAUCAGGAGUACCAACCCGAAACAACAAUCACAAGGGCCAUUUUAACCGAGGCCAUGGAGGAAGGACCCAACAAGGGGGUAGGCCAUAUCAAAGGCCUACACCAUAUCAUAACCAGGAUUCUAGGAGGUUAAUGUUCAAGUGUUACAGCUGUGGAGGGGCACAUCUUAACAAAGAUUGUCCAAAUAGAAACAUUGGAGCUUGUUUUCGUUGUGGUCAGAAGGGCCAUUUUCUCAAAGAUUGUCCCCAAGGACAAAACCAACCAACAAGCCAGAAGAGCGUCCUAAUAAACAAUAACAAUGUAGGGAGAGCAAGGAACGGAGGCCCAAAUGUUGGUCAAGGACCUCAAAAUCAGAACAAGCCAACCACAGGAAGAGUAUUUGCAAUUAGAGGAGCCGAGAUCUCAAAGUCAGAUGGGUUAAUCCAAGGUAUGUGUCUAAUCGGAGAUAAGUUGGUAUCAGUAUUAUACGAUUCAGGAGCUACGCAUUCAUUUAUAUCUACAUCUUGUGCGGAAAUUUUGGGAUUUGAAAUUGUUGAUCUCAAUAAUAAGAUGACCAUUACAACUCCUUCGGGGGAAAGAAUGGUAACUUGUUCAGUCUGUGCAGACUGCCCUAUAAUUUUAGAAAAUAGAAGAUUCUUAGUAGAUCUUAUAGUACUCCCGCUAAAAGACCUAGAUGUCAUCUUAGGAAUGGAUUGGUUAUCAGCCAACGAUGUAAUCUUGGGGUGCAAGAAGAAAAUUUUAACGUUUGGAGAAGAUAGUGGAGAAAUCAUAAAGGUGGAAACUCUCACCCAAAAAUUUAUGAUGUUAUUCUCUAUGUCAGAAGGAGAAACCCCUAGUUUUGAAAAUAUUCCAGUGGUCUGCGAAUUCCCGGAAGUUUUUCCAGAAGAGGUUCCAGGUUUACCACCGGUUAAGGAAGUGGAGUUUUCUAUAGACUUGGUUCCAGGCACUGGACCAAUUUCUAUAUCUCCUUAUCGAAUGUCACCCUCAGAGAUGGCUGAGUUAAAGAAACAGUUAGACGAGAUGUUAGAGAAGGAAUUUAUUAGACCGAGUGUAUCGCCAUGGGGAGCUCCAGUCUUGUUUGUUAAGAAGAAGGAUGGUUCUUCUAGACUUUGUGUAGAUUACAGACAACUUAAUAAAGCUACUGUAAAAAACAAGUAUCCUUUGCCUAGAAUCGAUGACUUGAUGGACCAGUUAAAGGGAGCAUCGAUAUUCUCGAAGAUUGACUUGAAGUCUGGAUAUCAUCAGAUUAGGGUGAAGGAGGAUGAUAUUCCAAAAACAGCUUUCAGAUCCCGUUAUGGGCACUAUGAGUACUUAGUGAUGCCAUUUGGUUUGACUAAUGCUCCAGCAGUAUUCAUGGAUUACAUGAAUAGGAUCUUUAGGUCGUACUUAGAUCAUUUUGUUGUAGUUUUCAUUGAUGACAUUUUGAUUUAUUCCAAGAAUGAGGUAGAGCAUGAAGAACAUUUGAGAAUUGUGCUACAAAUAUUAAAGGACCGCCAAUUGUACGCGAAAUUCUCGAAAUGUGAAUUUUGGUUGAAGGAGGUACAAUUUCUUGGUCAUGUUAUCAGUAAAGAAGGUAUUGCAGUAGACCCGAGUAAAGUCGAAGCAGUAACAAAGUGGGAAAGUCCAAAGAAUGUUGGUGAGAUUCGAAGUUUUCUUGGACUAGCUGGAUAUUAUCGGAGGUUCAUUGAAGGAUUCUCAAAGAUCGCUUUGCCUAUGACUCAGUUAACGAGGAAGGGUAAAAACUUUGAAUGGACAAAAGAGUGUGAAGAAAGUUUUCAGAAGUUGAAGGAGAGAUUGACUUCAUCACCAAUACUCAUCUUACCGGACCCAUUAGGACGAUUCGAUGUGUAUUGCGAUGCGUCAUACCAAGGUCUUGGUUGUGUGUUGAUGCAAGAAAGGAAAGUGAUAGCUUAUGCAUCAAGACAGUUGAAGGUGCACGAGAGAAACUACCCAACUCACGACUUAGAGUUAGCAGCAAUUGUGUUUGCCUUAAAAAUUUGGAGGCAUUAUCUUUAUGGAUCAAAGUUCAAUGUGUUAAGUGAUCACAAAAGCCUGAAGUAUUUAUUUGACCAGAAAGAUCUAAACAUGAGACAAAGGCGUUGGAUGGAAUUUUUAAAGGACUACGAUUUUGAGUUACAAUAUCAUCCAGGAAAGGCCAAUGUUGUAGCAGACGCCUUGAGUCGAAAGACACUUCAUGUGUCUGCAAUGAUGUUGAAGGAAGAAGAGUUGAUUAACCAAUUUGUGGAUUUAAACUUAGGAGUACAUCACAGUGAAGGAAGUAUGUUCAUAGGCACUAUUGUCGUGUCUAAUGAAUAUCUAAAAUGGAUCAAAGAUGAACAACAACUUGAUGACCAAUUAAUGAAUAUAAAGGAAACUAUCAAAGAUGGUCAAAAUGGGGAUUUUAACAUAAGGAGUGACGGAAUCCUAAGGUUUGGAGAAAGGUUGUGUAUACCUCAAAACUAG